AUGGACGAGGAGCUGCAAGAGCCGGGGUCCGAUCCUGGAGAGCGUGCAUCGUUGUUGACCCUUUCUGAUGAUCACCGGCCGUCGAUCCAGGCUGUGCCCAAAAUUCCUUCCAGGGCAAGGAGGAAGGUGAUCGAAGUGAAGAAGCUGGUUUCGGAGCAGAGUCGAAUAAAGACGGCGGUGGAAGCCAGCGACCUCGCUCAUGCGCAAGGCUACCUAGAGCUGGAGUCCCAGCUUCGCGAGUUCAUGGCCGAGGUGGAGGAGAAGCGCGCCAACGCCGAAGCGGUGAUCCUGGACCUCGUCAAGGAGCUGGUGCGAACGGCACAGGAGGUGGAGAGCAUGAAUGCCCAGGGGGCUCUCGUAGAGGAGCGCCUGGAUGCCGUGGAGGCACAUCUACAGGACCUCGAGAGCAAUUGGCCAUCGAAGGGCAGCGACGCCCAGGAGCCGCACGUGCUCGAAGAUGCGGAGGAGGACGACACGCUGCCUUUCGCGCCCUUGAGUCGGAGCACAGCUGUAGGUGCUGUCCGUGCGUCUCAUACCCUGGGCUUGAGCCGACCGUCGGAGCAGAUGCGCAGCCGCCGCGAAGUGGCGACGUGGGGCGGCAGUGGCUUUGUGGCGCCAGGUGAGACGCUGCUGUCAAAGGCACAGGCAUUGAACACCAGGAGCCUGGGAGGUGUUCCCCUGCCGAAGGCUGCGGCAAAGGCACCUGCUGCAACCUUGGGAGCUCAGAAGCUCGUAGAAGCCGCUGCAGCAAAGGCAGCCGCGGAAGCUCUCGAGAAGGCCAAAGCCUCGUUGUCAGAGCUUCGGGAGGAGCUGCGCAGUGAUCUCGCGGCCACAGUGGCAGCUGAGAAAGAGAAGGCUGUGGAGAGCUUUGCAGCCCUCGAGAAGGCUCUAACGGCUCAGGUCGAGUCGACCGUGUCGGAGUUGACUGCGCUGGCCGGGCCACGGCCGCGUUUGCCCAUCGACCCGCGCGAGCGGGAGGGCAGCCAGGAGUCGCAAGUUCAGGGUGGUCCAGAUGCUGCCGGUGUGACGCCCCGCGUGGCGGAUCCAUCUCAGGGCGACAUCGACUCUCCGAAAGCAUGGACGGCCAAGAAACCCAGGACCAGCUUUCGCGUUCUGGGUGCGCUGGUGCCGGCCUGCCUCGGGGUACUGAAGAAGCCGACUGAUGUCGACGAGACUUCCUAG